AUGAAUUCUUCCUUCAACCGGCAACUCAAAAUUUGUUGUGCUAAAUUUAUCGUGAACAUUGCGAAAAGUAACAGAAAAGUGCAUAACAAUAAACAAACUCAGCCAAAUAAUGUUGCGCUGACUGUUAAAUUUUUAUACAAAAGUCAAGAAAUAAAACUAGAUGGAAUGACUCUUAAAUAA